AAUGCUGCAGCUCAAGAGACUAUCGCUGUGCUUGGGAUACAAGUGAUGGAAGAGAGUGCGACGUCCUUGGCGGCAAGUGGCGGCUGGCGUGCGAAUGCCGAUUCUGGUGUAGAUUCGUGCGAGCGCUUGCUGCAGGUUGUUCGGUGGGAAGGUUUGGCCACUGCGCGCUUGAUGCCCUGGGUCGUUGAGGAGAUUCUACGGCGGACAGGGCCGCACACGGCGACGUUAGAGAAGUAUUUCGCUGAAUACUUCGAGACGGGGCUGUUGCUAGACAUGCUUGCGGUCGAGACGAAGAAGCGCGUGCGUCGCAAAACAGAAAAUGAACAAGGCGAUGGUGAAAAUACGAAAGCAAACAAAAGAGCUGCUGGUGCAGUUGCUAGUACAUCCGUGCUGGAAGCCGCGAGUGCAGCGGGAGGUGCAACACCGGCAAGUAAGGGUGGAACUUUUGCGAGUGAUUCGCCUUCAGUCUCGGUCUCUCCCGAUAAAAGUGCAAAAGGACAGGGAGCGACAAAUUUCACCUUCUUUCGAAAUUUCACAACCAGCGGAAGCACAGGUUCCACAAAUACUACCGCAGCCAAUGGAGGUGGUGCCCCUAUUUCUUCCAAUGGUACUACAACGACUCUCUACAAUCAUGACGAAGCCGACUUGGCAAAUAUGCGAUCUGUGGUGCUGGCAGGACCAGGAGCGGCUCAGCGAAAUGUCUCUUUUGCUA